AUGGCCAGCGCCUGGCUUGCCAGCGAGUUUGAUUGGGACCCGCAUGCCCUAAUAGCACACCCGGUGCCGCCCAGCGGCCACCUCCCCGCUUCGCCCUCGCAAGGCGCUCACAGCCCCGCCGCCCACCAGGUGUCCCUGCCCUCUGCCGCCGCCACGGCCACUGACCUCAGCAACGGCAGCGCCACGGAGCAGGCCCCGGGCACCGCGGGCAGCCCCCCACCCCGCAUCGAGCCGUCGGGCGGCGGCAAGGGUCGGCGGCGGCGCGGCGCCGCGGCCGUCUGCCAGGUCGAGGGCUGCGGCGCCAACAUCGAGGGCGGCAAGCCCUUCUACCGCCUGCAGCGCAUCUGCGAGAUGCACGCGCGGUCGCUGGCGGUGACGGAUGCCAGCGGGAGGGCGCUGCGGUUCUGCCAGCAGUGCACUCGGAUGCACUCUGUGUCAGACUUUGAGGGGGCCAAGCGCAGCUGCGUGGCCUCGCUGAAGCGACGGGCGGAGCGGAAGCAGGCGCAGCAGGCGGAGCGCAGGGAGGAGGCGGCCGUGGAUCCGACCGCGGGCAAGGGCGCGCGGCGCAAGGGCGGCAGGGGCCUGGCCGCGGGCGACGCGGCAGCGCCGGGCGCGGCCACCCUCUCGGGCAGCUCUGGCGGCGGCGGCGGCGGCUCCUCUGACAGCCGCACCACCAGCGGCGCCGCGCCGCCGCGCAGCCAGCACAGCGGCGGCAGCGGCAGCGGCGGCGGCUUCCCCGACGGAGGCUCUCUAAACCAGCCGCAGCAGCCGCAGCCGCCGCUGCAGCAGCACCAGCAGCACCAGCAGCUGCUCUCCCCCCCGCCCGCCAGCCUGGCAGCCUUCUCGCCCGGUGCUGCUGGCCCGCAGCUGCCUGCGGAGACGUCGCCCGCCGCCUCCCUGUCGGCGCUGCGCCUGCAGCAGGGCGCGGCGGCGGCGCAGCCGUGGCAGGGGCACCUGCCGGCGGUCGGCGCGGCGCCGCCGGCCCCGCAGCUCGUGGCUCUGCCGCCGCCGCAGCAGCUGGGGCUGGGGCUGGGGCUGCAGCAGGUGCAGGCGCAGCAGGGGCCAGGCCAGCAGGCCUCGCUCAACGCCUUGCUGACUCAGCACAACCUGCUGGCGCCAGGCAACUACCACCACCUGCCUGCGGCCCACGAGCUGCAGGCGCAGCAGCUGCUGGUGCCCGGGGCCGGCCUGCCGCCCCAGCCGGUGGCUGCGCAGCCGCAGCACCAGCAGCACUUUGCGCCCGCGCCUGCGCCCGCACCCGGGCCGCGCUUCUUUGCGCCCGCGGCGCCCGCGGGAGGCCAGCCUGGCGGCGCCAUGCUGGCACCAGCACGGACGCACGACAUGGUGAUGUGUGAAGCCCCCUCCAUGCCCACCCUCAGCCCUGCAGAGCUCGACAUGCUGCUGGUGCUGCCGGGGCCCGCCAGGACCAUGGAUCCCGAUGACAUGGCGUCAGCGCUGCUGGCCCGAACAGACGCGGCGUCGUGCAGCCAGGCGGCGGGGCCGCUCCCCGCCGGCAUGCCGCCCGUCAGCCUGCCGGCCACCAGCAGCGGCGCCGCGUACGGCGGCCAGGGCGCGUUUGGCGCGAUGCCCAGCGGGCCGCACGCGCGCGGCGGCCCGCACGGCCAGCCGGGACUGGCGCCGCAGCUGGCGGCGUGGCCCGCGGCCGGCGAGGCGGCCGACAUGCUGCACGCGGCGGCGGCGCCACAGCUGGCGCAGCUGCCGGCGGCGGCCGGCAUGCCGGGCGACUUUGCGGUGGUCCGCAUCUCUUUUAAGAUGUAUGGCCUGCACCCCGACCAGCUGCCGCCCCAGCUGCGGCAGGAGCUGCAGCACGCGCUGCUGGCGGCGCCCACGGUGCUGUCGGGCGCGGUGCGCGCCGGCUGCUCCCACCUCACCGUCAACCUGCUGGCCACCUCGGCAGAGGCAGCCGCGCUGCAGCAGCCAUCCGGCCCCGCGGCGGCGCUGGCGCGCCUGCUGCACGGCUGGCAGCAGCAGCAGCAGCAGCAGCAGGGGCAGGGCGGGGAGCCCCAGGGCCGCACGUGGCGGCUUCCGGCGGGCCUGCCGCUGCUGCGGGUGGUGGCGCAGGUCGAGUCGGGCGGCGGCGCGGUGCUGCUGGCGCCGGUGGCAGAGGGCAGGCUGGUGCCUGGCGCCGCCGUGCUGUGCGCGGUCGGCCCCAGCAGCAGCAGCGCCUUGCACCAGCGGCUGGAGCUGUCGCUGUCGCCGGCCACGCCCGCUGCCACGACCGUGGGCCAGGCGGGCGGCCGCUUCCAGCUUCGCUGCGCCGACUGGCAGGAGCUGGCGCUUGGCGCCGAGCCGGUCGCCGCCCGCCGCAUGCUGCACUGCCGCAGCCGCGGCAGGCACGCGACGGUGGCGCUGCUGCGGCCGGGUGGCGGUGCCGCGGCUGCAGAGCGCGUCGCCGCCCGCACCAAUGGACGCGUGGCGGAUGUUGAUGAGGCGGGGGCAGCGGCAGAGGCAGAGCAGCAGGAGGAGGACUCAGAGGAGGAGCCAGAGGAGGAGUUUGAGUCAGAGGGGGAGGAGGAGGAGGAGGAGGUGCAGCAGCUGCUGCUGCAGCAGGGUGCCGCAGAGGCGUGGGUGCCCGCGGCGCAGCGACAGUGGGGCCUGUACGAGCUGGAGCUCGCCUCAGGUCCCUUCCUGGGCGGCUCCGUGCCUGUGCUGGUGCUGCCCGACGAGCUGGCUGGCGCGGCUGCCGAGCUGCAGCAGCUGCAGCACGGCGAGCAGGCUGGCCGGGUGCUCCGCCUGGUGAGCAUGGUGCUGGAGCAUGAGGAGCGGCAGCGGGAGGCGGCAGAGGCGGCAGCGCGAGGCCCGGCGGCCGCGGCGGCGGCUCGGGCGGCGCUGGCCGCAGCCUACCCGCCUGCCGCGCUGGAGCGGCUUGCGGGCGCAGCGCGGGCACUGUGCGCUCUGUGCGUGCGCUGCCGCUGGCCCGCGCUGCUGCGCCGCAUGCUGCCGGCCGCCGCUGCCGCCAGCGACGCGGCGGCGGCGGUGGCGGCCAUGGACGCGAUGCUGCCGCCCGUGGGGCUGCUGGGCACGGCGGCGGCGGCCGGCCAGGCGGCCACGCUGUGGGCGCUGGCUGACCAUGCGGUGGCGCUGGGGCACAGCUGGCAGCUGGCGUGCAGCAGCAGCGGCCUGACACCGCUGCACCUGGCGGCGGCGCUGGGCCGCGGCCUGAGCGGCGACGCCGCCUCGGCGCUGGUGGCGGCGCUGGGGCCGGCGGCGGCGGCCGGCUGCUGGCGCGGCGCUCGGGCCGGCGGCUGGACGCCGCGGCAGGUGGCCACGGCUGCCGGCUGCGCCGCACUGCUGGACCUGCUGAGCGCCGGGGAGGAGGCGGCGGGCGAGGCGGCGGGCGCCGGCAGCAGCGGCGGCGACGCGCUCAAGCCCUGGAAGCAGAAGCAGCAGCAGCAGCUGGCGGAGGAGGAGCAGCAACUGCUGCAGCAGCGCCUGGAGGGGGAGCCUGGCAAGAAGGCGGCGGCCGGCAGCGCUGCAGCCAGGCGGGCCUCCGAGCGCGCGGCGGGCCGCCUGACGCUCACCGCUGCGGAGCUGCACGCGUGCCGCCAGCGCCCGCUGCACCCGGCCGUGCUGCUGGGCGUUGUCGGCGGCGCCGUGUGCAUUGUGUUUGGCCUUGCGGCGGCGCUGCGGCUGGGCCUGUACGAUGAUUGAGGCCUGUACGAUUGAGUGAGCCGCUUUGCUCACCUGUGAACCGUGGUGAGCAGCCCUGACUGCCGAAACAGGUGUCGCUCCGUUUCUGAUUCUCCAUUUCCAACCAUUCGUACGUUGAAACCUACUUUUGUUUGCGACUGAUGUCCUUCCUUUCGGCUGCCAUUGUUGGUAUGUUGCAUGUUGCUCCUCAUUGUUUGGGAGGUGAGCCGGCCGUCUGCCCCCGCCCGCUCGCCAAUUCUGGUGCUUGAACCCUUUCUCAACCAGCUAUCUUGGCCCCGUGUCUUAUCUUCCGUACUCACAGACAAUCCCCCUUUUUCUACACCCAUAUUCUACUGCUUGCGUAAUAAAAUAAGGCUUUUUGACUAGACUCUUGCCGCCUUGCACGUUUGCACGUUCGGCCAAUCUUAACACCCAGGUGUAAGCGCGCCACUCUGCA